AGUUGUGGCAUUUUUCAGGCGUGCCAAAGAAUUCCUCAGCUGUCCAAGAAUUUCCACAACAAUUUUCCACCACCUUAACGCAGUGAAAAUCUAGUAAAAGAGCAAGUGAAAAAUAUUUAAAUAUUAUAAACCAAAUCGAAUAGAGCUUGGCGAACACGCGACAUGGCGUGUCCUUUCUUCAGGCGGGCGGACUCGCUGUCACGCCAGCCCUCGGUCAUCGCCGAGCCCGCGGGCCACUGGGCGCUCGAGGACGAGGAGCUGUCGGAUGACGCCCUGACCCUCACGCACCUCCAGAUGGCCAUCCAGCUCCUGACGGCGCCUUCCAACGAGGAUCUCAACACGGCAGUCACCUCCCUGGUGGCCAAGUACCGCCAGAACUGGCCCAAUAUUCACAAGCUAAAACUGGAUCCGCAGACCUUCAAGAGCUGCGCCAACUACGAUUACUUGGCGGACAUUCAGGAGCUGCUUUUGAAGAUGGACGAGGCGAGUGCCAGCGAGAUCCUGGUGCUCCUCGGCGAGGAGCUGAUCACCUGCUGCUGCACGGGCAUCAUAGAACGGGCCUUUCGCUGCCUGGGCACCGAUCUCCAGGAGUUCCUGGGCUCACUCGAUGGCGUCUACGAUGUGCUGAAGCUGCAGGAGGAGGACGUGACCGACACCGGCUUCGUGUGUGCCGGCGAGGGAGAGCUCAUCUUCACCUCGGAGCGUCCGGUGAUCGCCUGGCUGCUCCUGGGCUCCCUGAAGGCCCUCACCCGCAUGCUGUAUAAGGUGGAUGUGAACAUCAAGAUCGAGCCGGUGGAGGGAGAUGCCCGUCGGUAUCGCUAUCUCUUCUCGCUGGUCAAGGACAACUCCCAGACAAUGCUGAUGGGUCGUCCCACGAUUCCCAAGACGAUUCCGGAAACGAUGCAGCGGACCAACUCCAGCAACGCCUCCGAUCUGCAGAUGAACUCGUCUAGCUUUUGCAAGAUGUUUCCCUGGCACUUCAUCAUGAACGAGCAACUGGAGCUGGUGCAGCUGGGCAGGGGAUUCAGCAAGUUGUACAAGCCGUAUAUGGCGGAAUAUGGCUGCCAGGCGACGACCUACUUUGACUUCAAGCGCCCCAAGGGAUUGACCAUGAAGUUCCGGGACAUUGUGCGGCGCACCUAUACACCCUUUCUGAUUGGCCUGCAGAAUCCUCCGGGAGCCGUAGAUUUCCCGGCCAGUGGGCUGGAGAUCAAGGGUCAGAUGGUGCACUGCCCCGAAUCGAAUUCGCUGCUCUUCAUUGGAUCACCCUUCCUCGAUGGUCUGGAUGGCCUGACCUGCAAUGGUCUCUUCAUCUCCGAUAUUCCACUGCACGAUGCCACCAGGGAGGUGAUCCUGGUGGGCGAGCAGGCCAGGGCGCAGGAUGGACUGCGUCGCCGGAUGGACAAGAUCAAGAAUAGCAUCGAGGAGGCCAACUCGGCGGUGACCAAGGAGCGAAAGAAGAACGUCAGUCUGCUGCACCUCAUCUUCCCCGCCGAGAUCGCCGAGAAGCUCUGGCUGGGCUCCUCCAUCGACGCCAAGACCUAUCCGGAUGUCACCAUCCUGUUCAGCGACAUCGUGGGCUUCACCAGCAUCUGCUCGCGGGCCACGCCGUUCAUGGUGAUCAGCAUGCUGGAGGGUUUGUACAAGGACUUCGAUGAGUUCUGUGACUUCUUCGAUGUCUACAAGGUGGAGACCAUUGGGGAUGCCUACUGCGUGGCCAGUGGCCUCCAUCGGGCCUCCAUCUACGAUGCUCACAAGGUGGCAUGGAUGGCCCUCAAGAUGAUCGACGCCUGCUCAAAGCACAUCACCCACGAUGGGGAGCAAAUCAAAAUGCGGAUUGGCCUGCACACGGGAACGGUUCUGGCCGGAGUGGUGGGCAGGAAGAUGCCCAGGUACUGCCUCUUCGGGCACAGCGUCACCAUCGCCAAUAAGUUCGAGUCCGGCAGCGAGGCGCUCAAGAUCAACGUCAGUCCCACUACCAAGGAUUGGCUCACCAAGCACGAGGGCUUUGAGUUCGACCUGCAGCCGCGGGAUCCCUCCUUCCUGCCCAAGGAGUUCCCCAAUCCCGGCGGCUCAGAGACCUGCUACUUCCUCGAGAGCUUCCGCAACCCAGCCUUGGACAGCGAGUUGCCGCUGGUGGAGCACAUCAAUGUGGCCAUGAAGACCAUAUCCGAGGGCGGGGAUGAUUAAAGGCCAUCUACAGACCUGGAGCCAGUACCCGACCAGUCACCAGUCCCCAAUCCCCCUGUAGACCCACACGCUCAGUAGUUGUUUAGUCGUCGUAGUUCGGUGCACUUGUAUUGUGGUUUUGCCUGUUGCACUGCUUAGCCUGAAAACAAUAAACUAUCUACCAAUGGUUGCAUUCCAGCACAA